AUCGGGGAGAUUGGAGGCGCUGUGGUUCGGGCCUGCCUGGCGCUGUGGUGCGGGAAUCCUGGGCCUGGGCCGAGACCCGAGAAGGAAGGCCCGGCUCCUUUCCUUCUGCUUCCCCGGGAAUGGAGGCCAAGCGCAGGGAGCCGCGGAAGGCGCUGCGGAUCAAAGUCAUCUCCAUGGGCAACGCGGAGGCGGGGAAGAGCUGCAUUAUAAAGCGCUACUGUGAGAAACGGUUUGUGCCGAAAUACCUUGCAACAAUCGGCAUUGAUUAUGGUGUCACCAAAGUGCAGGUCCGAGACAGAGAAAUCAAAGUGAAUAUCUUUGACAUGGCUGGACACCCCUUCUUCUAUGAGGUCCGCAAUGAAUUCUAUAAAGACACCCAAGGUGUAAUCCUAGUAUAUGAUGUUGGGCAGAAGGAGUCAUUUGAUGCUCUUGAUUCAUGGCUUGCUGAGAUGAAGCAGGAACUCGGACCGCAUGGCAACAUGGAGAACAUUGUCUUUGUGGUUUGUGCCAACAAGAUUGACUGUUCCAAGCUCCGCUGUGUGGAUGAAAGUGAAGGCCGGCUGUGGUCAGAAAGCAGGGGCUUCCUUUAUUUUGAGACCUCUGCACAAACGGGCGAGGGAAUCAAUGAGAUGUUCCAGACUUUCUAUUCAGCCAUUGUUGAUUUGUGUGAAAAUGGUGGGAAGCGGCCAGUGGCCAGCAUGAGCAUCACUUUCACAAAAGAGCAAGCAGACACCAUCCGAAGGAUCCGCAGCAGCAAGGACAGCUGGGACAUGCUGGGUGUCAAGCCGGGGGCUACAAGGGACGAGGUAAACAAGGCUUACCGGAAGUUGGCGGUGCUCCUUCACCCAGACAAGUGCAUGGCUCCUGGCAGUGAGGAUGCCUUCAAAGCUGUGGUCAAUGCCCGGACUGCCUUGCUCAAGAACAUCAAGUAAACCACCAGGAAUCCGCUUCUUCCCCCAAGAGUAGGUGACCAAGGUCCUGCUGUGUGGGUUGCCCCUCCUCCUGCCCAAGUGAGAGACAUCAAGGGGGCUUUCUAUUUCAAGCGAGAAUGGUGGGAGCAAAGCUUAGGGGAAUUGCUAGCAGUAGCCUCCCCUUGCUGUUUGCAUCUCCGUCAUCUUGAAAUGUUUCCUGUGCUGCUGCAAACCAACUUGGUGCAGGCUGCUUCUCUGGAGAGGAUUCCUAAACCCACCGGGCUCCUGCAGCAACUACAGUGUCCUUUUCUUUCCCCUGUAGGGAUGGAGUUAACUCUAAAAUGUUUCCUAUUUUGUAUGUGUUUUGUGUUUUGUUAUCCUGAAUUUUGGUGCUCAAGUUCAGCCUGGUCUGAUUUACCUUCCACUUCCUCCAAGAUCUAGCCAUUUGCCACUUUGGUACAGAUUAAUGUUAGACCACACUUCUUUGAUAAUGACCCUGUGUGUGCUCUGCCUCUUCCUAAGUUGUAUGAUAUUGUCAGGUAUUCUCUCCAGGCCCUUCAGGUCCCUUAUGCUGCACAGAAAUGGAUAAGAAAACAUGAUAGCUAGGACUGAGGUCCUGGGAGUCACCAAAGCCAAAA